ACACAUCUCGUGAGUGAGACGACGGCAUCGAAGAGACGACGAUGUUGACGAUGACUUCUGCCACGUUGUUCUCCUACCUCCUGGCGUACACGGCCAUCACCUGCAACUCGCAAGAAGUCACGGGCGACGAGAGCGAUGAUGAGCUUUCCAUACGCGCCAUCUGCACGAUGGACAGAGAGAUUGGGCCCUGCCAGGCCAUCAUCCCGCGCUACUUCUACAACCGCUACACGCAGCGCUGCCAGAAGUUCAACUUUGGCGGCUGCCACGGCAACGCCAACAACUUCAAGACAGAAACGGAGUGCCGCAUCGCCUGCAAAACAGUGCAGAAGGUGCCCAAGAAGUGCCGCUUUGAGCCGGAGACUGGCAACUGCAAGGCCGCCAUCCCGCGUCACUUCUACAACAUGACCACGGGCCAAUGCGAGAUCUUCAUCUACGGCGGCUGCGGAGGCAACGACAACAACUUCCACACGACCGAGGAGUGCGUGGAGAGCUGCAAGUGCCACAAGACCAGAGGCGAUGAGAGCGAUGAUGAGCUUUCCAUACCCGACAUCUGCACGAUGGACAGAGAGAUUGGGCCCUGCAAGGCCAGCAUCCCACGCUACUUCUACAACAGCCUCACGCAGCGCUGCCAGAAGUUCUACUUUGGCGGCUGCGACGGCAACGCCAACAACUUCGAGACAGAAACGGAGUGCCGCAUCGCCUGCAAAACAGUGCAGAGCGACGAGAGCGAUGAUGAGCUUUCCAUACCCGCCAUCUGCAAGAUGGACAGAGAGAUUGGGCCCUGCAAGGCCCACAUCCCACGCUACUUCUACAACCACCUCACGCAGCGCUGCCAGAAGUUCUACUAUGGCGGCUGCGACGGCAACGCCAACAACUUCGAGACAGAAACGGAGUGCCGCAUCGCCUGCAAAACAGUGCAGAGCGACGAGAGCGAUGAUGAGCUUUCCAUACCCGCCAUCUGCAAGAUGGACAGAGAGAUUGGGCCCUGCAAGGCCCACAUCCCACGCUACUUCUACAACCGCCUCACGCAGCGCUGCCAGAAGUUCUACUAUGGCGGCUGCGACGGCAACGCCAACAACUUCGAGACAGAAACGGAGUGCCGCAUCGCCUGCAAAACAGUGCAGAGCGACGAGAGCGAUGAUGAGCUUUCCAUACCCGCCAUCUGCAAGAUGGACAAAGAGAUUGGGCCCUGCAAGGCCCACAUCCCACGCUACUUCUACAAUCGCCUCACGCAGUGCUGCCAGAAGUUCUACUAUGGCGGCUGCGACGGCAACGCCAACAACUUCAAAACAGAAGCGGAGUGCCGCAUCGCCUGCAAAACAGUGCAGAGCGACGAGAGCGAUGAUGAGCUUUCCAUACGCGCCAUCUGCACAAUGGACAGAGAGAUUGGGCCAUGCAAGGCCCACAUCCCACGCUACUUCUACAACCGCCUCACGCAGCGCUGCCAGAAGUUCUACUAUGGCGGCUGCGACGGCAACGCCAACAACUUCGAGACAGAAACGGAGUGCCGCAUCGCCUGCAAAACAGUGCAGAAGGUGCCCAAGAAGUGCCGCUUUGAGCCGGAGACUGGCAACUGCAAGGCCGCCUUCCCGCGUCACUUCUACAACAUGACCACGGGCCAGUGCGAGAACUUCAUCUACGGCGGCUGCGGAGGCAACGACAACAACUUCCACACGACCGAGGAGUGCGUGGAGAGCUGCAAGUGCCACAAGAACAGAGAUAUGGGAGCCUCAACUUCGAUGAUCCAACCCAGAGGCAAACCAAUGUCCAGCCAGAAAAGAGCGGGCAUAAGGACCAGCGAGUGGAGCAUAAAGCAAAAACAAUUUCGGAAGAACGGCGAACGAGCAGACCGCACGGAGCAUUGAGGGCAGAACUGACAAGAGCACGCAAUUGCAGCGCCGUCUGUAGUCGCGAGGUCGGUUGGGUUUCAUAGCUAGAGGCACCUACCGUAUAUUUUACGUACUUACUUUUUUGUUAACCCGCUUCAGCAGUUUAGUUUGCGCCGGCCGAUCUCAACGGAAACGAACGUGUGGAAGGAAGCGACUGCGUCGAGGUGGAAUCACCGAUGUUUAUGGUUCAGGCGGCGGCUCUCCAAUUAACUCACUUUAAAAGUCGCGCGCCCGUUCUUAUUAAACGCAACACGCCCAUCCCUCGCAUCGGCAUUCUGCCGUCUGUAAUCGUCACCAAACACUACUAUGGCUUAACGACACGACGAGUAUUACUCACAUCGUAUUUUGUUUGCCAUGUUCGUCUCAUUAAAGAAAAGUUGU